AUGUUGAGCCUUAUUAACGAAAUCACGAGGAAAACAAUAGGAAUAGGCGAUACAAUUUGCAAAGUAAUGAGUUCAAGCCGAAACUCGUCACACAUUGCCAAUAGGUCGAAUACGCAACAUAUAAUGUUCCUCACGGAAGAUAAGAGCAGUUUCAAGCUUGCUAUUAGGCAAUAUGUGUCGCAGUGGUUGCGGUUAAUGCAUGAGAAGCUCUGGCAGCUUGAGCUUUCCAGGAAGGAUAUUAACAGCAUCGAAAGCGUCAUCACAAAUAAGGCUGAUGGCAUGUUUCUGUAUGCUCAACUUGUUCUUGAUUACCUAUCGAAGAACGUUUUCUUCGGCGGCAAGGAGAUGAAAGCAUCCAUUGACGAUAUUCCGAAGGAGCUGUCCGAGUUCUACAGGGAGGUACUUCUUCAGAUACUCGUCCAGCUGAACCCAUGGUCUGCUGAUCGCAUCAGGUGCAUAUUUGGAUGGAUCGCUUUUGCCAAACGACCUCUAAAGAGGAUAGAAUUCCACUCCGCCUUGAUAUUCAGCCCUGGCAGCUCGAACGUCACCAACCUAGUGCCACAAUAUGUUUUGGACAUAUGCGAAGCAUUGGUAGAGGAGCGGCCGGACACAACGUUAACUUUCGUACACAUCUCAGUCAAAGAGUACGUUCAGGCACAAACCGCGGAUACCAUCAAUCAUGUUUUACUAAAGAAUGUCUCAGAUUUCUUCAGUCAUCGUCAAGAAGUUUUGUCAUUGAAGAGACUGAAGUUGUGA